UUCUCCAAUGUUUGUGGUAUUCACAGAGUAAACUCUACAACUCCAUACCCUAAAGCAACUGUCUUCCUCAUAUCCAACACACAUACACAUAAUACAUAUAUAUAUACAUAUAUAUUAAACUUGAUCUAUAUAUAGAAGCACAUUUUCUUUGAGAUCUCUUCUACCUUGAAACAUAUCUAUAUAAUCUAAUUAUAAAGAUACGAUCGAUUAUACGAUGUCAAGCAGAAGAUCGAGACAAUCAUCAUCGGGGGCUAGGAUCUCAGAUGAUCAAAUCGUACAGCUCAUCUCCAAGCUACAACAACUUCUUCCCGGGACUCGUAUACAAAGAUCUAACAAGGCGUCGGCUUCGAAGGUGCUACAAGAGACUUGCACAUAUGUGAGAAGCUUGCAUAGGGAGGUUGAUGACCUUAGUGAUCGACUAUCACAGUUAUUAUCCACCAUUGAUGCCGAUAGCCCUGAAGCUUCUAUUAUUCGAAGUUUAAUUAUGUAGAAUACUCAACUCUACAUAUAAUUAUGUUAUUUGUUAGCUUCUUGAUUAAGCAUAAAUGUGGUACGUUAAUCUCUAAAUUAAUCAUAUGUGCUUCUAGGGUUUUAUCUAAUUAAUAACCCUAGUUACAUGUAGUGUUAUUAUUUUAGAUGUCAAUAGUUUUGAUGAUGAUGAUGAUAAUAACAGCUACAUCGGUAGUGUAUUAAAAGUUUUUUCAUAAGAAUAAUUGUUGCUACAAAGAUUUGUUUUCUAAAUUUAGCUUUAUAUUUCUGAUUAAUUACCAUCGUCUUGUAAAAUUGACAGAUUUAAGUGAAAUUAUUUGUGCAUGGCUAAA